AGGUAUUGUGCGUCAUCAGCGGAAGCGGGAAUUCGACAGUUGAUUGAAACAGCCGUUCGGAUUUUUGUUUAAUUCAUUGAAACGGUUUAUUUAGUGAGCGGGUGGAAUAAUUCCACCUCUUUUUACAAACUCCUAUUACUCUACUAAAGGUUAGACGUUGCCAUACGCUGUGCUGCCAUGACCCAAAGAAAACGGCUGUCUAACACGCAAAGCUCCUCUCAGAGUAAACGGCAGUCCAACAGCUUUAUGACGCAGGAGGAGGAUGAAGAUGCAACGUUCACUCAGCCAAGCACAUCACAGGUCCAGAGAGGGUUGGAGAAACUCACACCUGCUCAGGUUGAUCAAAAGACUGCUGAAGUGGUUCAGUACAUCCUGGUGAAGGACCAGAAGAAGAUUCCAGUGCGCAGAGCAGACCUGGUUAAACAUGUAGUGAAGGAUUACAGAACCAUCUACCCUGAGAUCAUAAAGAGGGCAACGCGGAUAUUUGAACAGGUGUUUGGCUUAAAACUGGUUGAAAUUGACCCUAAAAACCACAUGUUAAUUCUGGUGAAUAACCUGGAUACCCCUGUGCCCAGAGCCUCGCCGGUUGAGUGUCCAAGCAACCCAAAGAUGGGCCUGCUGUUCGUGAUCCUGGGCGUUAUUUUUAUGAAAGGAGGCGUGGUCAGAGAGAACCUAAUUUGGAAUAUUCUGAAGAAACUGCGUGUUGAUCCUGGGCAGAAACACGAGGAGUUUGGUGAUGUGAGGAAGACCGUCACAGAUGAAUUUGUGCGUCAAAGGUACUUGGAGUACGUUCGCAUCCCACACACAGAACCAGUGGAAUGUGAAUUCCGCUGGGGUCAACGGGCCGACAUGGAGGUGUCCAAAGCCCAAAUUCUGGUGUUCAUGGGUCAGAUUCAUGAGCAGGAUCCUCGGAGCUGGAGUCAGCAGUACAGAGAAGCUCACGCCAUCUCCACCCCCAGCUCCACCCCUAGCUCCAGCUCCAGCUCCAGCCAGGCCAGCAGCAGCAACCACAGAUAACAAAAACAUCUCACUGUGACUUGACCUUUUCUACUCCAACACUGAACUCUCUGGUUUGUCCAGAUUUUUAACGAGGACAAAAUGUUUCAUUUUGUCAGUCCUUUUAAAGAAACAGAAACACACGUUAUACCAGUGGCUGCGCUGGCAUUUAAAAACUGCUUCAGUGUCUCUGUUACAUUCUGGUUUCUACAGAACCAGAGAUUUAAUCAACAUUUUAAUAACUGAUAUUCUGUGGAUGGUCGGCAUGUGAGGUUGACAGUAAUGUUAUAAGUUCUCUGUUAGAAAUAAACAUGUUUGGAUUAUGUCUAAAAGCCUGAUAUUGAUUUGAUAUUAAGGAACGUUUUCUGAAUGAGGGCCCAGAGAAAGUUAAAUAAAGCUAACAGCUCAUCAACCUGA